GCCCACUAAGUUGAAGAAGGUUCAUGGGAAAUGGAAAGAGUGGAAUCCUCAUAAUAAUAAAUGGCAAGCAGUAUCCGAUGAAAGGGCAAAGCAAAUAGAGUCUGGUGAUGGACCAGAUGCCACAGUGAAGGUACGUAGAGUGGCUGGAGUGUGGCAACAACAAGACAAAGACACAAAACAGUGGAAAGAUAUGUCACUCGACAAUGUUGGAACACUUGAAGAGGAGGGAAUUAAGGUUUGUGAGACAAAGAAAGUGAGAGUGAAUAAUGGUCAACUUGAGAGCCAAACACAUGGGGGUAGUUGGCAACCUGUGUCUGACCCCCAGGUAGGAUUCACCACCCCUAUCACUAAGAAGCUGAAGAAGGUUGAUGGCAAAUGGCAAGAAAAAACUGGAGACCAUUGGUCAGCUUGGGUUGAGCCCCCUGAUAACCAGGAGACAUCUAAGAGAGAGGGUGAUCCUGAAAGGAAGAGAGCUCGUCAACUGCGGGAAGUGGAUGGGCAGCUAUUAAAAUAUGAUGGGGCAAACAAUACAGUUGUAGAUGUAGGACCUGCUGGCCUAGAGGAGGAAGACAUUGUUACCAGUGAAGCAGGAAAGGUGCGCAAUAAGAAUGGACAAUGGCAACGUUUUAACUCUCACACUGGAGACUGGGUAGAUUGCAACGAAAAUGAUGCUAAGAAAUUAGACAAGGAUGGAUUAAUGUCUCAAGAACAGAAGAAAGUGAAAUUGUUGAACAACCAUUGGCAUGAAUGGAAUGAAUCUAAAGGAAAAUGGGAACCAUUGAGCACAGACAAGGCUAGGAAACUCAAUGAGGAGGGUAUCCAUGUUUUACGACCUAAGAGAAUGAGGAAAGUGAAUGGGAAGUUGCAAGUUUGGAAUAAGAAAACCAACAAGUGGAAACAAGUGUCAAAAGAGGCAGCCAACAAAUAUAAGGAGAAGCCUGCCUGUGUGAAGAAGAUAGAUGGUAAAUGGUGUGAGAAGAAUGAAGAGACCGGACACUGGGAAGUGUUACCUGAUAACGAACAAGAGAGUAUAGACAAGUUUGGCUUAGUAGCUGUGGAUAGCAAGAAGGUACGUCUAUCUGGGGGCAAAUGGCAGGAGUACAACAGCAAGCUUGACAAGUGGAUCCCUGUGAAACCUGAUCAGGCAAAGAAAUUACAGGGAGGCAUAGAGACUGUGGAUCCAAUAAAGAUUCAUCAACACGAUGGUGUCUGGUACAAACAGGACAAAGAGAAUCCUGAUACUUGGACAGAGGUGGACAAACAUGUAGCUAAACAACUCAGGGAAGAGGGUUUGGGUGUAACAGAUGGCUCAGAUAAACUUCAGAGAGAAAUGAAUAAAGAGAGAUCACGGAAGAUAUCUAGCAAUGAUAUUCCAUCUGGUAAAGACCGCCCAUCUAGUAAGGAUCGUCCAUCUAGCAAGGAUCGUCCAUCUAGCAAGGAUCGUCCAUCUAGCAAGGACCGCCCCAUGAACAAAGAGCGCACAGGCAUCAGGGAUAAGCGUGGAGAUGACGACAUAUAUGUGGUCGAGGCUGGGAAGCUAAGGAAGAAAGAUGGUAAAUGGGAACGAUGGAAUGAUGCCCAACAGAAGUGGAAGCCAGUAAGCCAGAGAGAAAGCAGCAAGCUUGAAAAGGAUGGUCUUAAAGUUGAGGAAAGCAAGAGAGUGAAGCUGAUAAAUGGUCAAUGGACAGAAAGAGAUACAACCACAGGCCAGUGGAGACCAGUCAGUGAAGACUUAGCCAAGAAGCUCAAUGUGAAAGUAAAGGUAAAUGGCAGUAAGCGUGUGAAGAAGCUGAAUGGAGUGUGGCAUGAGCUAGAUCCUAACACUAACACAUGGAACCCUGCCUCCCAACACCAAGCUAAGAAAUAUGAUGCUGGGGAUAUGCAUGUAGUGAAGGAGGUGAGACAUAGUAAGGGAAAAUGGCUAGAGAAAGAUCCACAAACUCAGCAGUGGAAAGAGAUGUCUGCAGCUGAUGUGGAGAAUAUUGAACAGAAUGGCUUGGAGAUAUUAGAUAGCAAGGAUGUGAGGCAGAGAGGUGACAAAUGGGAAGAGAGAGGUGACAAUGGAGUCUGGUCCGAAGUCACACCUGGUUCUAAGAAACAGAUUGAGGCUGGCAUACCAACUAUGGAGACCAAGAAAAUCAAGAAGAUAGGUGGCGUAUGGCAUGAGAGAGAUGAGGAGAAGAAGAUGUGGAAGAAAGUUUCUAAAAUUCAAGCCAACAAAUAUGAGCUGGAGAACCUGUCCAACCAUGGCAAGAAGCUGAGAUUACAUGAGGGUGGCAUUCAGGAGUGGAAUGAGGACACCAAGCAGUGGCAAGACUCUGGCAAAGACAAGGAGAAAAAAUCAGAGGAUAACAUCAUGUCAUAUGAGCCUAAGAAAGUCAGGUUCAUGGAUGGUAGAUGGCAAGAGAAGAAGGAGGGAGCAGAAGAAUGGGAAGAUGUUUCUGAUGCCGAGGCAGACAAGUAUAAUGCAGAAAUAGUUGCAUGUGAAGGUAAGAAGCUGCGUCUGCAUGACAACAAGUGGCAGGAAUACAAUGAGGAAACUGACUCCUGGGAGGAUGCCCCCUCUUUAAGGGUACAACAGUAUGAAGAGGAGGGUGUUCCCAUACAGGAGACCAAUAAGGUACGCAAGGUGGAUGGGGAAUGGGAAGAAUGGGACCCCCAUACUCAACAAUGGAAACAAGCAAGCAAGGAGACCAAUAAAACAUAUGAUGAGAAUGGCAUGCCAGAGACCAAGAAAGUGAAAAGAAUCAACAAAGUGUGGCACGAGUGGGAUGAUUCCACCUCAACAUGGGUGCCUGUCUCUGAAGAAAGGGCAAAGAAAUAUAAUGAUGUUCUUCAUGUGUUACGCAAACAUCGAGUUAAACGUAUUGACGGCAAAUGGCACGAGUACAACAUAAAAGAGCGCAAAUGGUUCCCAGUUGAUGAGGCCAAGGCUAAAAAGUAUGAUACAGAGGGGGUGCCUGGAAUGGCAUCCAAGAAGAUUCGCAAGAUUGAUGGCAAAUGGCACGAGUAUGAUGAAUUGGAAAAAGGUUGGAUGCAGGUUUCCAAACAACAAGCUCAGAAAUAUGAGGCUGAAAGACUCCAUAACAAGAAGCCAAUGAGGAAGGUGUCAUUCAAGGAUAGUCAUAAAGAGAAAGAUUCAAAAUCAGGGGAGAAUCAGGACGUACAGGAUCCUGCCAAAAAGGAGGAGCUGCUUGAGGCGCAAAGGUUACAGAAGUUGGCUGAGCAGGCUGCAAAGGAAGAUGAAGCACGCAGAGCAAGAGAGGCUGAAGAAGCAAAGGAUCAUGAGAAAACUUUAAGGAAUGCUGAGCAGAAUGAAAAGGAUGCGGAGGAAGAAAUGAGAAAGGCAGAAGAGGAACUGAGGAAGGCCAAAGAUGGUAAAGCAAAGAAAGCUGCGGAGGAAGCUGCCAAGAAAGCUAGGAAUAGAGCUAAGGAGUCAAAGAAUAAGAAGACACGCUACAACUUAAAAAUUGCUAUUACAAAGAGAGAGAAGCCACGACUGGAAAAAGCUGUGGGAGACUUCAAACAAGCGAAGCUGCCUGAUGACGAGGGAGACCUUGCUAAGGGAGAGAAGAUGCUUAAACUCUUCAAGUCCAGAGACGAUCUUAAUGGUGCUAUGCGCCGGCGCAAUCUCAAGGAGAUAGAGGGCGCUGUUCACAGUUUGAAAAAGAGCGGCUUUGAAGUGAAACUUGCCAAUGAGCUAGUAGAUGCUAACAAACUGAUGCUCCAAUUGAGGCGUUUGGAGCGUAUAAGAGCAGAAAUCUUGGAGUUAAAACAGUCUACAGUGGCUGAGAUCAGAAGCUACCACAAACCCCCACCUGUGGUGCAUACAGUAAUGACAGCCACAUUCCUGCUAUUGGGACACAAAGAGAAGGAAACCAAGGUCUGGAAGACAGUACAAGCAUUGGUGGGUAAAACAGGAAAGGAUGGUUUGAAACGCCGCUGUUUGGAGUUGAAACCAGACACUGUAGACUCCUCCGCUACUGCAAGAGCGGCUGAUCUCCUAGAACAGCAUGGCCUGGAUGAAGUAAGAGAUGUCUCUGCAGGGGCUGCUACAUUCUUCCUUUGGGCUGGAAGUAUUAUAGAGGAGGCGAAGGCCAUCAAGGAGCAGAAGAAAUUUGAAGCUGAGGAGAAGAAGAAGGCUGCUGAGGCAAAGAAACUGGAACAAGAGGAGAAUAAGAAACGUGCUGAAGAGGCAAAGAAAGAGAAGGAACAACGAAAGAAAGAUGAAGAACAAAGGAAAAGAGAAGAGGAACAGAAAAAGGAAGAUGUUGAUCAAGAAGCAAAUAUUGAAGAGAAGACAGUUAGUGAAAAGAGUGAAGAUGCAAAACCUGCUGACUCAACAGACAGUUAAAUGUUGAUUAUAGAAAAACAAAAAAUAAACAUUCUCAGUGGCAAAUGGAACAUCAUUAAAGGUUUGAUGAAUACUGCAGAAAAGUGUAAUUAUACAUGUACAUAAAAUAUUUGUGCUGGGCAUUUAGAAGAGCAAUUAUGUGUUAAUAAUGUGAAUAUUUUUUAUAUAAGGUAUCUUGCAUGUAAAUGUAAUUCAACGUCUCAUGGGUGUUUAUAAAAAUCAUUUCUCAUUUGAUGUGAGAAAUUGAUUGUAUUUAAUAUACGCAAUUAAUUUAAUGAAUGUCACCCCAAAAACUACAUAAUAGCAUUUGUAGUAUUGUUGGAUAUAUGUACUGUAUUAACCCUUUUGUAUAUUUUGGAUGCCAACAAGACAUUCCAAUAGUAUACAUCAUUUUGUACAUUUGCAAAGUCAUGAUGGUACCCUAGAUGUAUUUUAAACUAUUAUAGCAAUCAAGUUCAUGUUUUUAUUAGCAAAUUAUAUAUUAUAAAUUCCGUCCAGGCUCUAGUUGACCAUAGUUUGAUUCAUAAUGAAAUUUUAUAUUUGUAUUUAUAGAGCAUAUAGACUGAGUCUUAUCAGUGAGUAUUUUGUCGCAAAAAAUAAUGUUUUACUUGUGGCUGGUCCACAUCAGAUGUAUGUACAGUGUAUCAGUGGUGUAGUUAUGUACUAGUUCAAUGAGAUAAGACCUUAGAGACUGAAGAAAAAUGCAGUCUGCUGUCAAAUGAUAAGCUUAUGUUAUUUCAAAAGAUGACUUUUCUGGGACAAUGAUAAACAAAAUAAUUCAAUAUCAAGUCUGUGUCAAUUCAGUAGAAAAUUGAUCAAAAAGUACAACAUUAUGAAUAUUUUGUGUUUUUGUUUGUGAUCUAUUUUUGUACUUGUUGCAAAAUAAACAUUAAUAAAAAUAUCAUAAAAUAAAUACAUUUCAAAUAAA